UAAUCGUUUUUCGCAGUAUUGAGGUUUAGCGCAUUAAGAAUUUUUUAGUUUUGGGUGUUUUUUUAUAACUCAUUUUUGGGGAAAUGUUCAAGGCGUUCGUCACCUCUGUACCUUGGUAACGUCAUAAACACGACAAAUUGCAGUUGGGCGCUUAYAGCAGAUGAGGUCUGUCUGACUUGAUUGGUAAUAACUCAACCAAACGGCUUUGAAUUCUCGCUUUUUAACCUAGGAAAUCCUCUUUUCUGAAGAGUGAUUUUYGAUUUUUCUCUCCAGCUUGAAGGGAUCGUAAUCGAAGGAUAUUCCUGGUUCCCUUAGGACGAUUUCGAMCAGUUAUUCGAACAGAACUCUAACUGAAGCGAUCGAAGAACACUUCAUCAAGAUAUUAGUUAUUUUUUCCGAUAUCUCGCCUCUGGGGAUUUGUGGUAAGCUUAGGUACCGUUUUCUAAAAACUUAUCGGAAAGAAGGAAAUCAUUUCUUUGUGGAAUAUUAAAAAAGAAGAUGACAGAAUCAGCUAUGAAAUAUUUUUUUUAAUUCAAGCGUCGUCGAAUUUAUAUGGAGGCGAGUGGUCGGUAAAAAGUUCUCAACUCCAAGUUUUUUAUUUAUGGAACUUUACGAUCUUUGCCAACAAUAAACAACUGGAUAAUUCUGACCUUACAACGCUUGAAUAUUGGCAAAAAGGCCAAUAAUACUAUUAGCUGUUAAAACUUAACGCAUCACAGUGGCCCCAUCAAGGGCUGGUAUUAUGGGAUGUUCGGCUGGAAAGCCAUUGUCAACCAGCCCYGAAAUCAGCACAAGCACUCAGCAUAGUACUCUGGCAUCAGUGACAGGCAAGAAUGAACAUGUCUUGUCUAACAAUGGGCUGGUUGAUAUCAAGCGAUCAUCCAACAAUAGUACAAUCACUAAUUCAAGUUCCAUAAGAAAUGGUGGAAUAAGGAAAGAUUCUUCCAGUAGCGUCAAGUCAUUUAAGGUGAUUGAACCUACMGAAGCUCCAAAAAUAGCCAAUCAAACCACUCAAUCAAAGACAAGAUUAGCACAAGACCAAGUCAAGGCUAAAAGAGAAAAGGAAAAUGGAGGUGCACCAAAGAAGGAUGCCAACAUCAAAAUUAACAGAAGUAAUUCCACAGACGAUCCGCCAGUUAAGAGUGUUCCACUCGGACAAGUCAAAGUGCAGCUGACGCAAUCCCAAGCAGAUUUUUUUACAAUGUUAGAUAAGAAAAUAGAAGAGGGUGAAGACUAUAAAUCAGAUUGUGAAAGAUGAAACAUUGAUCGUUAGAUCAACCUUGAUUAGCCGUGAUCAUUCAGUGAUGGGGAGACCUCUGCUUACUGGCGGGAAGAGGCACUUUGAAGGUGAAGACUUCGCUUCCUUGUUAACACAGGGGGGAGACUUAUCAGUGAAGUCUUUCGCAGCGAGGCGCCAUGAAAUGAUUCCGUUGUCAUGGUCACGGAGAUUCGAAAUGAUGCAGACGCCUUCAGGCGUCACAACGUAGUGAAGUUGACUCAUUGCACAGCUAUCCUAAUUUAAGGAGGCACGAUGGGGUAAUCAACCGUUGCCAUAGUAACAUGGAAUUCUUGGCGCAGCGACUACUGAAAAGUGGCAAGGUGCAGUUAAACCAACUGUUGCCUUAGCAACACAAAGGCUUUUUAAACAGGGAUUUUACAGUUAAGGGUCAAGAUGGAAAUAAAGUUGCUCGACGAAUAUACUGUCCCUGUUGCCUUGGCAACUGUAAGGAAACCCAUUCUUAGCUGAAGUUACGAUCUAAGCAAAAAGGCUGAAGAUAGAGAGUGGUGAGGACAUCUUUUGUGAUUUUGUUUGGGAUGUUAAUAGCUUGGAUUCAACACAAAUUAUUUAACAAUCAAGAGACGCCAUAUGGUCUUGAUCUACUGUAACUAAACCGUCACAUUCAGUCGUUAUCAGUGGUGUUUUCGCGUGUUAGAAAUUAGACUGUAAACUCCGUGGAAGAUUGCGGCAUGAUUUCAAAAUGCAGACAAGCAAAACUAAGGGGAAAAAACGCGAACAAACCUACUAAAUAAGUCAAUAUUUGCCAGAAAUUUUGCAUAAAAACAAAGAUUCGACUGAUACCCAAAUAGUACAGAGCUGGUAUCGAGUGAGUAAACGGCUCCCGGCUGAACUCAGUAAAAGUCCAUGAAAAUUUACUGGUUCUCGUGCCUUAAAUCUUACAUAUCAAGUACAAUUACGGCUCCAAAGGCAAUCGCAAAGCAGUUUCUGCAGAUGUUUUAGAGCGCACUAGUWGAGUUACUUCACGACUUGGUGAUGGAGGAAAACGUUCACGGAACGAAAAAAAAGCAAAUUAUUCAUAGUUCUAACGAAAUACUUCUGUAAGCUAUUUGCCAUAUUAUAAUCACAACGAAAUAACCAGUGGAACGUACUGUAUUUAAUCGAKUUUUUCGCUAAAGGAGUUGAGGAAGAGGACUAUUCCAAGAUCAAAGGUUACUAGUAAGUUUUAUUGUAUGCAGGCUUGACCCCGUUUUGUACUCACACUCUUCUCACCAAAAAAUCGACUUUACGUUAGAAAGCUGAGAAGGCUUUGAUUACGAGAAUGGGCUUGACCCAAGCUAGCAUCCUUGAAAGUUUCACCUUAUUUUCUUCCCUUACAAAUAGCGAAAAAAGUCCCAAAACUUGAGACAACAUUAAACCGGCUUCGUUAAACAGAGUCCUAAGACCUUAAAGGGACUUCAGUCAAGCUAAAUGUACUAUAAUUUCUUUCGUAUAAACAACUGAACAAAGGAAAAGAUUGCGCUAAAGACGGUAGAAUUCCUGCCAAAAAAAUAUUAUUUCGUUUGUAAAUGCGAGGUUUUGCAGUAACUAAACAACACAGAAAUCGAAGUUCAUA